AUGCUUUACAUUUUAUUCAUUUGUACAUAUUUAUCUGAGCAUAUGUUUGCAUUGCAACUUUAUUGCUUUCCAUAUACUACUAUUGUGCUGGAUUUGCUGGUUUUUCAGGUUGGGUGGUGUAAUACCCUAAUUUUUGCCCCCAAGAUUUCUCAUCAUCUCAUAUCAUCAAUACAUCAAGAUCACGCAUUAGGGUUUGGGGUUUCAGAUCAAGGAGUUCAAGUGAUGGUUCUCCGAUUAUGGUUGUGGUUUUGUUCAGGCCAAGGGCUGGUUCUUAAAAGCCUAUUUUUCAUAGUGGUGAACUAUAAUCUAAGGUCACGUCAUCCUCAAGCUUCAGUCGGCAUGAUUAAGGCGAGUUUGGUUUCUUAA